GGACGAGGAGAAAGAAGUAAGAACCACAAUUUGAAAUAUUUAGGAGAAGCAAAUCAAAGGAUCUUAAUUGCUUCUACAGGUGGGCACAGGUCUACAAGUGCGCGGGCACAGGUGUUUUAUUUCACUUCUUCGAUUAGGUAGAGCGAAAGAGAGAGAGAGAGAGAGAGAGAGUUAAUAUGGCUGUUCCGGCGAUUGUAAACGGCGGCGAUGCGACGGCGAGAGAAGCACAAAUGGCACACUCUGCAAUGACUUUGGUUCAGGUGAUAAAUGGAGGUUACCAUGUGAUUACGAAAGUAGCUCUUAACGUUGGUGUGAACCAGCUCGUCUUUUGUGUCUUUCGAGAUCUUCUUGCUCUCUCCCUUCUCGCACCUCUCGCCUUCUUCCGUGAAAGAAGGAUCAGACCUCCUAUGAGUAAAAGCAUCCUCUUUUCACUCUUCUUUCUGGGUUUAGCAGGGAUAUUUGGGAACCAAUUACUAUUUCUUAUGGGUUUAUCGUACACGAAUCCAACCUAUGCCGCUGCUAUACAACCAUCAAUUCCUGUCUUUACAUUCCUCUUGGCUGUCAUGAUGGGUACAGAAAAACUGAACUUGUUUAAGAUUGAGGGCCAAAUGAAAAUUGGAGGUACACUUGUUUGUGUUUCGGGUGCUGUAGUGAUGGCUUUGUUCCGUGGUCCAGCCUUGUUUGGAGGUAUAGAUGCAGCAGACUCAGCAAAUAGUGUAAUAAUUAAUAGAAAUGAACCACAGCCUAGUGGGUGGUUAGUCUUUAGUUUUCUUGGUCUUGGCUUUGAUCUAUGGCACAUUGGAGUUAUAUGCUUGAUUGGAAACUGUAUGUGUAUGGCUGCUUUUCUCGCUGUCCAAGCACCGGUUUUGAAGAAGUAUCCUGCCUACCUUUCGGUUACCGCGUAUUCGUACUUCUUCGGUGCAUCAAUAAUGAUCACAACGGCUUUCGUUUUUGUUAGAGAGCCUAAAGAUUGGAGUUUGACACAAUCUGAGGUUCUUGCUGUUAUAUUCGCGGGAGUGUUUGCAUCAGCUUUAAACUAUGGACUCUUGACUUGGUCCAAUAAAAUUCUUGGAGCUGCUUUGGUUUCUCUAUACAAUCCUCUUCAGCCUGCAACAUCCGCCUUUCUAUCGACAAUUUUCCUCGGCAGCCCGAUCUAUCUUGGAAGCAUUGUGGGUGGAAUCCUCAUCAUUUGCGGGCUUUAUAUGGUUACUUGGGCAUCUUAUAGAGAACAACAAACAACAAAAGAAUCUGGGAAUGAGAUUGCUUCUUCUAGUGAUGUCAGAAUCUCAGAACCUUUGAUUUACAGAGAUGAGACGGGUAAAUUAUUAUGAACAGGUAAAGAAAAGAACAAUUUUUUUUGAGUUCAACAUUGAUUGUAUAAGUGACUAAAAAAACAAAGAUUCAAAAUAUUCAUCUUCCUCAUGUUCAUCUAUGGAAAAACAUCUCUGUUCUGUUUCUCAAGAAUUGGUGAUAUACGGUUUUUAUAA